CUCGACAACACAACGACUACUGGGCCUGUGCAAUAGUUCAAUGAGGCCAAAGCCAAAGCAGGGGGCUGGAUAGAGAAGUUUUUGGCUAAGGGAUGGCUCAUGGUAUUCAAACAACCUGAAGCUCAAGUUCCCUCACAGGACUGCCUCGUGUGUUUCUCCCAGGCACUUCUCAUCAGUUAUCAACUGGAUUUGCGACCUCUAUACGCCCAAUAUAUAGAAUCAUCGGUUUGCUCACAGUCUCAAGCCCUCGUUCAAGAAGAACGUAAGAUCCUCGCUUCAAGCCGUUGCUCAAGCACGGAAUCCAGGCAGAACACAAACUUCAGAGCACAAACACCACGGGUCCGUACCGCGAAACAAUCUCCAUGGCCCGGUUCUCAGGUGAUUACGGAAUCGCGCGGGACAGCGUCAUGUCUGACAGCGACACGGAGAGCAUCACGUCGGAGAGCGUCAUGUCCGAGAGCACCACGUGGGAGAGCGCCACGUCACAGAGCAUCAUGUCGGAGAGCGACACGGAGAGCAUCACCUCUGAAAGUGCCAUGUCGGAGAGCGACACGGAGAGCAUCACCUCGGAGACCGUCACUAGGAGCGAAGGCGAGGUGGACCGGGAGUUCGUCGAACGAAGUGUGCUUCACAACAUGCACAACCGGUUCUACCAGUACGGCACUUGGGACGUCCUUGUCAUAUGCGGGUAUACCGCAUACCGGGCCCACCUAGACCUCAUUAGAACGGAGACACCCCUCCUGGCUCUCAAGGCCCAUACAGUAGACGGGCGGCUCAGCGAGUACUCAACCGAAUCAAGCUUCGCCCGUAUCAGCUUCCAAGAUCAACAUGACGUUGUCCACGACUGGAUUUACAGGGCAUACUCCAAGCCCGAGAACGGCGGCGUCAAUGUCGUGAGCGUCCCGCUGAAGCACGACAACGGCAACAACGAUUUUGAAGCUGUCGAUGCUCCUCAUAUCACUGCGCCCCUGGUCGGCGUGACCAUACGGCAUCGCGAUGUCAGGCCUACUCGUGACGGCAACGAGAACCGGUCGGCUCUGCAGGCUUUGCUAGACUGCUCAGAUUCAAAGCCCUCGCUCAAAGAAAAGGGCCUUCACAGGCGCACGCCUGCGCAGAUACUCAUCUUUUGGGAUUGAAUCAAAGACGGAGGCUGAGACGAAUAAUACAAUACAAGCGAGCUGGCAUUUGCGACUGGCUCCGAGCGUGUUUUCAGUCGGAGGUGCCGAUGGGCGAAUCCUUGAUUCAGGAAUUGA